AUGCAACAAAAGAAACGGAAACAGACAUAUUUUUCUACUAAAUCAAUUGUUAGACCAAAAUCUACAAAUUUAUCUAAAAAUGAUGGGAGAAUAUGUAAAAAUAAAAAUUGUCGUUGUCGAGAACGAAAGUUGAGAUUAAUUAACAAAAAAAGAAGAAUUUUGGAAGAAUUAAAUAAAAAUAAAAAACAAAAGGAUAAAAAAAUAAAUAAAAUUAUUACAAAAGAAAAACAACAAAAAAUUAAAGAAAAAAUUUUAAAUAUAAAUGAGGAGAUGCUAAAUUUGGAUAAAAUUAAUUUGGAGAAAAUAGAGAGGGCUAAAUCUGUUUUGAAUUUUAAUUUGGAGGAAAUACAGGUAUUUAUUUUAAAGUGUGUGUAACUGAGUUGGGAGG